CUCUAAGCUAAGCUCCAAAAGGGGGUCCCAGGAGUCCUCUCCAGCUCCUGGUUAGAGCCUGGGACCAUCUUCCUGCUUUCCCAGGCUCAGCUGCCCUCCUGGAACUCUUCUGGCACGGGAUGUCCCCUCCUCUCCCAGCUCAGUUACAGGGUCCUCCUCUGCCUCCCAGCCCUUUCCUUGCCCAGGCCUCCUGCUUCCUGCCUCCCUUCUCAGAGCCCUCAGUGAGCCUGCCAGGCAAGAGAAUCCCAGCCAGGCUUGUGUCUCCCAGCCUCGGGCUUCCCUGGUCAUUCCUGGCAGCCCCAUCCCAGAGCCCUCCUGGUCCUCAGCCUGUCCCAGCUCCCUCCCUCCUAGACCAGGCAGGAGGGUGAGGGUUGGGCAGGGGGCCUCAGGGAGGGCAGAGCUCUGACUGGGGGUCCUGGAGGCUCUGACUGCCCCCCUCCCCUCUGGGAUCCCAAAGCCCCUUCUGCCUCCUGGUCUCUGCAGGAGGAUGGGCAGAAGAGGAGUAAGAGAGGGAGGGGGGAGUCUUCCUGCUCAGAGCACCUUCCUGUCCCUGCCUCACCUCCUUUCUUGUCCUCCCCCUGGACCCUGAAGGCUCUCCCUGCUGGACCUCAGCCUGCCUCAAUGCCUGCAGCCAGCCUCCUGCCCAGGAAGAGGAGACAAAGAGCUUGCAGAGGACCCAGGCCUAGAGCCAGAGGGGUGGCCCCUGGGAGCCCCGGCCCCCCGGCCCAGGUCUUGGUGACGUUCCAGGAUGUGGCUGUGGACUUCACCCAGGAGGAGUGGCGCCUCUUGGACCCUGGUCAGAAGGAGCUGUACAAGGAGGUGAUGCAGGAGAAUGCCCAGAACAUGCUCUCCCUGGGUCUUCCAGUUCCUAGAGAAGACUGGAUCUCCCAUUUUGACCAAGGGAGAGCUCCAUGGAUGCUGGAGGGAGAAGGCCCAAGCAACUCCAGUCUGGAUGGAGAGAAGAGCCUUGAAAUGAGAGAGACUAACACAAAGCUCAUGGAAGAGUCACAAGAGCCAAGAUUCAUGAAUGAUGAUUGUUGUGACUUUCGUCUGAGAGAAAUCUGUGACCCUGAUUUCAAGACAGAAAAAACACAAGAGGUUCACAGUGGAUUUGAUAAAAAUGGGAAGAAUAUCAGGCAAUAUUCCAUCUUAAUUCAGUGUAAGAAAAUCUCAGGCAAUGACUCUUCUCAGGACAGUAAAUAUAGGAAAUACUUUACUGAAGAAGUGGAGUUUGUUGAGUCUCAUGAGAAGCCUCCAGUAUUACAAACCUAUCAAUGUCAUGCUAGAGAAAUGCUUUAUACACAUAAUGCAGUUGAGGAGGCCUUCAGUCAUAAUUCAGAACUCACUGACCACCAUAAAAUUCAAAAUGGAAAGAAACAUUAUGAAUGUAAUGACUGUGGUAAAGCCUUUAAGAAACAAUUAUCACUUAUACACCAUCAAAAAUUUCAUACUAGCAUGAAGCUGCAUAAAUGUAUGCAAUGUGGGCAAGCCUUCAGGAGACAGUCAUUGCUCCUUUCCCAUCAGAAAAUUCAUACUAGAAAGACAUCUAAUGAGUAUCCUGAACAUAGUAAAACUUUCAGUGAAAAGUCAUCCCUUAUUGUAUAUGAAAGAAGUCAUACUGAAGAACAAUCUUAUGAAUGUAACCAGUGUGGAAAGACUUUUAGACAGAGAUCCCAUCUUAUUGUGCAUGAGAGAAUCCACACUGGAGAGAAACCCUAUGAAUGUAAUCAGUGUGGAAAGAGUUUCUCACGAAGCUUCUGUCUUGCUUCACAUCAGAGAAUGCACACUGGAGAAAAACCUUAUGAAUGUAAACAAUGUGGAAAGACUUUUAGACAGAGGGGCAGUCUUAAUACACAUCAAACAACCCACACUGGAGAGAAGCCUUAUGCAUGCCAUCAAUGUGGAAGGAGUUUUAGGCUGAACUCCCAUCUUAGUGCACAUCAGAGAAUCCACACUGGAGAAAAACCAUAUAAGUGUAAUCAGUGUGGAAAGAGUUUCAGACAGAGCAGUACUCUUACUGAUCAUCAGAGAAUCCACACUGGAGAAAAAUCUUAUGAAUGUAAUCAAUGUGGAAUGGCUUUCAGAAAGUCAUCCAGACUUGCUCAACAUCAGAGAAUCCACAGUGGAGAGAAACCUUUUGUAUGCAAUCAAUGUGGAAAGACUUUCAGAUGCAAUUCUGGCCUUGCUCAACAUAAGAGAAUCCACACUGGAGAGCAACCUUAUGCAUGUAAACAAUGUGGAAAGAGGUUCAGACAGAGGGGAAAUCUUGUUGUUCAUGAGAGAACUCACACUGGAGAGAAACCUUAUGAAUGUAAUCAAUGUGGAAAAACUUUCCCAAGGCCAGACAGACUUGCUCAGCAUCAGAGAAUCCACACUGGAGAGAAACCUUAUAAAUGUAAUCAAUGUGGAAAAACUUUCAGGCAAUACUUCAGUUUUGCUGAACAUAAGAAAAUCCACACUGGAGAGAAACCUUAUGCAUGUAAUCAAUGUGGAAAGGCUUUCAGAUGCAAUUCUGAUCUCCGUAAACAUCAUAGAAUCCACACUGGAGAAAAACCUUUUGUAUGUAAACAAUGUGGAAAGAGGUUCAUUCAGAGUUCCAGUCUUACUGUACAUCAGAAAAUCCACACUGGAGUGAAACCUUAUGAAUGUGAUGAUUGUGGCAAAGCUUUUAGCAACCAUUCAGCUCUUCUUAUUCAUCAGAGAAUCCACACUGGAGAGAAACCCUAUGAAUGUGAUCAUUGUGGCAAACCUUUUAGGGACCGCUCCUCUCUUGUUGUUCACCAGAGAAUCCACACGGGGGAGAAUCCUUAUGAAUGUUUUCAGUGUCAAAAGACUUUCAAAGUGAGGAGCCAACUUGCUAUACAUCAGAGAAUCCACUCUGGAGAGAAACCCUAUGAAUGUAAUCAAUGUGGAAAGGCUUUCAGAAAAAGAUACCAUCUUGUUGUACAUCAGAGAAUCCACAAAGCUUAGUAAGAGGCAUUCAAAAGAUGAAAACAUUUCUUUAUAAUCUUAAGUGGCUAAAUGGUAAAAUAGGCACAAAACUUCAUUGUAUUUUAAUAACUCCUUCAAAAUUCGAAUGGAUCAUGUAGAAGUUAAGAAAUGUGUGAAUCAUUGGAGAGAAACCCUAUGCAUGUGAUUACUGUGGCAAACCUUUUAUGAACUCUUCACAACUUGUUCACCAGAGAACCCACACUGGAGAGAAACCAUAUGAAUGUACACAGUGUGGUAAGAUUUUCACACAGAGGAAUAAGCUUGCUAAGUAUUAGAGCAUCCACACUGGUGAGAAAUCCUAUAAAUGUAAACAAUAUGGUAAGAAUUUCACACAUAAACCAUCUCCCAUGUUGACAACAUCAUGUGGUCUCUCAUACUAUAGAUGUUCCCUGCCUUCAUGUCAAUGUUUAGCUAAUGGUGUAAGAUGCUCUUUGUCAGUAUUACUGUUUUGCUAAGCUGACAUGUUUCCCAUUUUAUUUGUAUGGGGUAAUUAUGAACAUACACAUAAACUGCAAACAGAAAGCACAUGUGUUGGUAUUACUGCAUUGACGUGAAAGGAAGCUAACAUUUGUAUCCAUGUAGAAGAAAAUGUGAUUGUGCUUCAGUAUGGUUUUAUGCAUCCAAAGACUAGCGUUACAUGGCAGCAUUUCUGGGAAUGAGAAAAAUUGACUGAGUUUACAUAUCAAAAUGAUUGAGAUUUGAACAUUACUGCAGAAACGUAAACAUACAUGUGUAUACCAAAGAUACAUAUUGGGAACUACAUUAUCUUCAUCUGGUAGCUUUUUGGAAAAAUGUACGUUUCUGAGACUAAAAGCAUAUGACGUUAAAGGGAAUACAGGUCACUCGAGUUGGAACAAUCCUAUUUUACACUGACCAUUGGUUGAAGGCAGGAAUUUGGACUGAAGAUACUCUACUCCAAUAUGAGCACAUAAUGUACAUUAUGGAAAUGGGUUAAAUGUUUUCUAUAUAAGGUUCCUUUAAGCAUAAUUUUGCAACUUAAAUGGGCUACUUUUCUCUCCCCUCUCCCCAUACGUUAUACUAUUUACCUCAUUUCUUCAGGGACUAAGGAAAACAUCCCCUUAAAAUAGGAUGAUAUGAAAGUGAUUUGUCUGGUAUUAUUGCCAUCGUAACACCAAGUAGCACAUGACUGUUGGCUUAUUCUAGUUAAAUAAAUUUUCCCUAUACGUGUCUGAUGUACCUACCACUAAUUUACGACAUGGCUCCUCAUGCCACCUCCUAAUCAGAAAAUAUCCAUGUAAAAAUCUUAGCUGGAUGAGGUAAAAUGGCAAUAUGGGAUAUAUUUUUUUAAAGCCGCCAUGAUUGUUUUAGUGCCAUUUUCAUAUGUAUUUAAACUUGUAUUCAAGGUUUACAUUUUCACCUAUCUGUAUGCUUGGCUGGAUUCAGUUUUGUAGUUCUGACCAUAUUUAGGCUGUGACCAUUGUCUUAUCACAUACAUUAAUUGUAAUAAACGUCCACUCUUACUGUUAAAA